AUGGCCAGCGUAGCCAUCACGGCGACCAUCGCCCCCAUCAGCGACCUUCCUCUGGCGCUGCAUCACCCGCUGUACCUCGCUGCGCCGGUGGUCGAGCAGCGACGAUCUGACGCCCAGUACGACGCCGCCGUCGACCUUCUCGCUGACCGUAUCCUGGCCCACGAAGCCGAAUACCGAAGGACGGGUCUCGUCCACACCAUCGCCAGUCGCUCUGUUCUCGCGCCGCUCAUUUCGACACGCAGCCGCGGCGGCCCAUCAAUCAACCCGAACUCGGCGGCUGCACCCGGCCAUCGAGUCGGAGCUGACGCAGCCUUGGCGCGACGCGUCCUGUGUCAAGGUAUACCUCUGAACGAGCAAGAGUCGAGGGAUCGCCUCAGGAUCGCCCUCGAAGACAAGCAGACGAUCGACUCGGCUCGCCCAAGUCUCAUCCCUGCCGAGAAGGCAUCCGGCAUUUCACGUGGUGAAGAAUCGCCUUCAACCAAGAUCGUUUUGGCAAAGACCGCCAGUGCAGUCACGCUGCUCGACACGUUCUCUGCCUCCAAGGUCGCGUCGAGCAACUCGGCACUCUCGGCAUCGAAAGCCCGACGUACCUCGACGUCUUCUCGACCCAAACACUCUGGAGGUGCUCUCGGUGGCCCCGAUCGAGACGGUCCUGACACAGCGGAUAGCCCCAUCAAGGAUUCUCGGCCGGUCAGGAGGCUCGGCAGCCAGCCUACGCGAGAUAUAGAUGCAGCCUCGCCCAAAAGGGCAGCGACGUCGGAAUCGCGGUCACUCGGGCGAGACGAGCAAGUGCUAUUCGAGGGCGGGUGCACCCAAGUCAGUUCAGGAGAACGUCAUUCUCUCCCUUAACGCCAACUACGCCAUCUGACCAUAUCUCAUUCAAAUAUCGGCCUACCAGAUGGAAUUGCCAGACCCGAGCUAG